AUGGAUAGUUGGCUCAAAACGGGGCGCCUCGCAAGUGGAAAAAAUGUUUUAGCAUGUUCACCAGCAGAAAAUAAUAAAAAUAUUUCGGAAAUAGAUGUUUCUAGUUUGUCAGAUUUGGUAAAUACUGGACAGGAACGACAAAAUAAACUUGUUAGUGAAAUUGUUUUACCUCAGGAGAGAACUACUUCUAAAAAAAGAAAAUAUGACGAAUCGUAUUUGUCCUUUGGGUUUAUUCUUGUCGGAAUGGCUGAGAAUCCGGAUGGACAAUGCGUUAUUUGCAACAAAAUAAUGUGUAAUAGUUCAUUGGUACCGGCAAAGCUAAGACGACACCUUGACACCAACCACCCGCAACUGAAAGAUAAAAGCUUAAGCUUUUUUGAAAGACACAAAGAAGUACAAAAAACUGGCGUGGCUGCUUUACACAAAUAUGCAAAAACAAAUAAUGAAAACGCAACAGAAGCAUCAUUCAUGCUAAGUUACAGAAUCGCUCGUGCUGGUAAGCCACACACAAUUGCAGAGGAUUUAAUAAAACCAUGUAUGACAGAAAUCGUCAGCUGCGUACUCGGUGAAGAUGCAGCGAAGAAAAUUACAGCAGUUCAGUGUUCUAAUAACGUCAUAUCUGAUCGAAUUCAUAAGAUUUCAGACCACAUUCAAGAUGAAUUAAUUUGUAGAUUGAAGAACAGCAAGAUGUUUGCAAUACAAUUAGACGAAAGUACAGAUGUCGCCGGGCUAUCAAUAUUGCUUGUUUUUGUGAGAUACCCCUUCAAAGGAUCUAUUGAAGAGGAUUUGUUUCUCUGCGCACCUUUAGAAACUAACACAACUGGAGAAGAAAUUUUUAAAGUUAUUGAUAGUCACAUGAGUAGGCACCAUAUUGAGUGGAACAAAUGCAUUGACGUGUGCAGUGACGGAGCAGCAGCUAUGAUCGGCAAAAUAAAAGGCACUGUAACAAGAAUCAAGAGUGUUGCACCUAAAUGUAGGAGCAGUCACUGCGUUUUACAUCGUCAUGCUCUUGUCGCGAUGAAAAUAUCAUACGAGCUUAAGACAGUUCUCGAUCAAGCUGUACAAAUUGUGAAUUACGUCAAAUCACGUCCACUCCAGUCAAGGCUUUUUAAAAAAGUGUGCGAAGAUAUAGGAAGUCAGCAUCAAUCACUUUUUCUUCACACACAAGUGAGAUGGCUCUCAAGAGGAAGAGUUUUAUUGAGGCUAUUUGAAUUGCGCAACGAGCUUAAGAUAUUUUUCACCAAACAAUCCGGUUCUGCAUCUACUGACGCGUUUGUUGAUUUAUUGCAUGAUGAGCCCUACAGGGAAAAACCACGAAUAUAUUUACAGUAA